GAAAAAAAGGAUGGGCAAUAGAGGCUUCUUGUGAUGGAAAAUCCGUAUCAUGUUUUGGGUCUAUCCAGCUUAGCAACAGACAAGGAAAUACAAACACGAUACAGAAAGCUAGCAUUCAAGUUUCACCCAGAUAGAAAUCCUGGUCAACGGGAAGAAGCUGAAAGAAACUUUAAAAGAAUUAAAGAUGCCUAUGAUGUACUAAAGCAACAACGAAGGAAACAGUUUGAAAGAGCAGAACCUCGUACCGGAAACUCUGCUCGUGCUGAUUUCCGCCAGGGUUCUACUAAGACCCAAAAUCGUAACCCUUAUACUGGACAACGUUAUUCAGGUUUUAGCAAAGCUUCUAAUCGUUAUACAAGGCCACCCCGUUUGUUGGAUAUUCCUGGUUUACAGAUUCUUGUCUUUACUCUAGUGGCAUCCACAAGUAUAGCGAUAGUAUUUGGAGACUCCUGGUGGAAGAAACUCAAUCAAGGCAAGUCAUUUGAUGAUAUGAUGAGACAGAGACAUAUCUUUCAAGCCAGUAAAGUCCAAUUGCGUCAAGAUGAAUAGAAAUACUAACAAAUUUUUGGGAUAUUUUCCAGUAAGUAGCCAAUAAAAUG